UGAUAGCAACAGCGCAUGUCACAGGUUGAAACAGCAAAACAAAUCCGUAUUAAUCUGACAUUUUUCUCUUCUGAAUUAUCCGUGGCAGCUCGGCACAUAAUCAUCGUCGUCUUCGCCUCCGUCCUAUCUGCCAUGGCGGCCAUCGGCAUAGCAUUUAUCUGGACAAGAAUGAGGCGCAGGAGAAACCACCUCCACCACGACGACAUGGACGGCUCAGCCGAGCUCAUCCGCGCCAUCGCCGCGUCCCAGCUCGGUUUCCGGUACGAGGAGCUGCGCAAGGUGACGGAUGAUUUCAACCAGAUCAACAAGCUCGGCCAGGGCGGCUACGGUUCAGUUUACAAGGGUGUGCUGGCAGAUGGCCGGGAGAUCGCCGUGAAGCGGCUCUUCCUCAACACGCGGCAGUGGACCGACCAGUUCUUCAACGAGGUGAAGCUCGUCAGCCAGGUGCAGCACAAGAACCUCGUCAAGCUCCUCGGCUGCAGCGUCGAGGGCCCCGAGAGCCUCCUCGUCUAUGAGUACCUCUGCAACACCAGCCUUGAUCACUACCUAUUUGAUGCCUUCAAGAAGAACGCGUUGGAUUGGGAGCGGCGGGCGGAAAUCAUCCUUGGGACAGCGGAGGGUCUUUCAUACCUCCAUAACGCCUCCGAGAUCAGGAUCAUACAUAGGGACAUCAAGGCCAGCAAUGUGCUGUUGGAUGAAAAGUUCAGGCCUAAGAUUGGUGACUUUGGCUUGGCGAGAAACUUCAUGGAAGAUCAGACCCACCUCAGCACCGGCCUCGCCGGAACGUUUGGAUAUAUGGCCCCGGAAUACAUCGUCCACGGGCAGCUGACGGAGAAGGCAGACAUCUACAGCUACGGCGUGCUAGUCCUCGAGAUCAUCACCGGCCGGAAGAACCACAACUCGAUGGCGUCAUCGGCAGAAGGACUCUCCCUUAUGGCACUGAUAUGGAAGCACUACAACACAGGCACACUGAUGGAGCUCCUGGACCUGAACCUCCGGGAGGAAUGCUCGGAGAGGGAAGCUCUCAAGGUGUUCAAUGUCGGUCUACUGUGCGCGCAGGCGUCGCCUAACCUCAGACCGCCGAUGUGGAAGGUGGUGGAGAUGCUGGGCAGAGGGGAUAGGGUGCUGCCACGCCCGACCGAGCCUCCGUUCAUCGACGUAAAGGGGUCGAACGCGAAUAGCUACGGCUCAGGGUCGUCAUUUUCGCUGAAGUCAAACUCCGACAAGUCACCGUUGUCCACAAACCAGUUGUCAGUGAGUGGAGUACAGGCUAGGUGAUCAACAGGGUGUGAAGCAUCAUCUGAACAUUCUUUUCCAUUUUUAUGUUAGGAUGUUGUUGAAGUACUAACUGUAAACGUUGUGAUCACAUAAUCACGCUUGUAAGAUGUAAGUAAGUAUAUAGAGAAUUGUCAAUUUUGUCCAAUAUUCAGAGAAAUGCAGUAUUUUGAACUCUAA